AUACAACUGUUUUGCGGAAUUUUCGAAAGUGUUCGUCACAGCUGACGUCCUCUUCCUUUGUUGAUAAUUUACGAUACGGCUACAGGACCUGUAUGCUUAUAUUAAGAUAGCAAACUGAACAGGCCUAAUACGUGUCAACUUAGUUUUCACUAAAACGUUUUAACAAAGAAUUCCUUGCAAACGUCAUCGAAAAAUGACAGCUCAACCAGAAUCAUUUCAAUUCAGUCCUCAAUGGAUUAGGGAAUUAUCAGAUGAUGCAUUUAACUCUAGAAGACAACCAAGUCAUAGUCCAACCGAAGGUCGGGUUUCCAGCAAAUCUCCCAACCUGUUCUCAAACUUCGUCCAGAAACAUUCUAAUUUUUCUGUCCCAGGGGAUAAACGAAAAGAUAUAGUUGUAGGUAAAGUUUCGAAACCUGUGUGGCCAGGUGACACCAUUUGCGCACCUUCUGUAGCUGAAACGGACAGUCAAGGACAACCUUCCACAGAGGUGACAAAACAGUACUCACACAGCAUACAGUUUUCUGACUCUAUAUAUGGUCAAAAAUCCAAUGCCAACCAAGUCAUCAAUCCUGCUAGCCAUUGUGUUGAUACCAACAAACAAGCGAUGCAAUGGACUCAGAAGUCCUCUAUAACUUCUCCUUCCGAACCGUGUUGGCAACUCCACUCAGACUCAGGCAUUCAAACGUCCGUUAACAAAGUACCAGAUACAAUAGGCCUGAAUACAACAGGUCAUCCUUUACCUUCAUCGGGUGCCCGACCUCUCGAAGUGCAGCAUGUGGGAGGUUCUCUCUUAUCAGGAAAUUCGUCAGUUGUAAGCAACCCAACGUUGAAUAUAAAUUCUAUUUUACCUAAUGAUGGUAUCCCAGUUCCCCGAUCAGAUCCAUAUAGUCACAAUAAUACUGAUUCAUAUAAUAAUCAGAGCAAACGGGCUGUCAGUGCUUAUUAUGGAAUCAGUGAUCCAGACAAGGCCUUAGAUUCCAGUGUAAAUUCAAACGCUAUAUGGAUGCAGCAGCAUAUAUGGUCAAAGUCUGUUCCACAGCACUUACAUGGCUUUAACCCUAUUGAUUCCAGCUCCAACUCCGUAUCCAACUUCUGUGGAGUCGCCACUACAGAAACUAAUAGACAUUCUAGCUGCAGCGUUCCUGACGCCGAAAACAUACAUGGUUUCUUUUCACAAUUGUCUUCAUUUGAUCGACUUGUGCAAUCAAAUUCAAGUCAAGCGUAUCCGUUGUCGAAUAGCAGUGUUCAACAUCCUCCUAAUAUACUGAGCGCAGAGAAAGGUUUCGUUAGACGUAAUGGAUGUGACCAGUCGGAUGAGCAUAUGUGGCUGUAUGAAGAUCCACAGGGUCGGACACAAGGUACUUUCAGUGAUGCACAAAUGAAUGAAUGGCUUAUGGCUGGGAUUUACUUUACUCCAAAUCUUCGUAUACGACGUCAAUGUGAUGAUACAUUUUCUACUCUCGCCAGUUACACACAGUUGUUUGAACGUGUUCCAUUUGUCUCUGGUCCUCGAAUACCCCCUAUUCGUGGAGAGAUCAAUCAAGCUAUGUUAGCUCUGUCUUCAUCUGGUUUCUUGAGUAAACCACAUUUUAAGAACUCCGAUAACCCUCCAACAGAUUUGUUACCUUGUAAUUCAACCAAUCAUGAUCAAUCAGAGGGUAGUAGAGUAAAUGCAAGUAUGGUUGGAAAUUCCACAAUUGACACUAGUCGUUCAUUGUUGUCAGAACCACAGCACCAGUUGUACCACCAACAUUCAGAUUUUUCCACAUCAGCUUCUAACGCUACAACGUCUGUUGCCGGAAUAUCGGUACCUACUUGUCAAGUUACUGAAGAGGGUUUAAACACUACAAAUUCAAAAAGUCUUGCCUAUGGCCCUAUCAACACAUCAGUUCCUGUGAGUGUACCCAUGUCCUUGCUAAAUAAUUCAAUCAAUAAUCUGAGAAUUCGAGACAAUGCAGAAGCAGACUUUAAAUCUGUAUUAGACAAUCCUAAUAAUGUUCAACAACACAAACAGGCCAUUUCUUCAGCCUCGACAUUCAUGAACCUAACUUCUUUGAUUCCACUGAAUCCAUCCUUCCCAUCUUUUAACUUGCAGUUCCCCUCCAGACUUCAGGGCACUAAUGGAACUACUAUGGAUGAUCUUACUUCAACAGCCAGUUCAUUUCUAUCUCCAGGUUUUUGGUCUGUUUUAACCCAGUACUUAAACUUGCAUCCCCCGUCUGCAAAUCAGACUUCUACUCCUAUGCAGCAGCUCGCAGAAACAGCGCAAUUGGCGGCUCAGCUCGCAGCAUUGGUUGGUUCUCAUAGUCCGGAUCAAACUCCUAUGCAGCCAUCUCAGGCGUUAGCUUUAGCGCAAUUACUGAUUACUCGAGGAGUCGGGUUGGGUAGUUUCAGCGCAGAAGCGCCUUCUUCUAACGGUUCGCUCACUUCUAAGAAGGAUAAGCCUUCUGAUAACGAAUGCAUUGCCAGUUCAUCGAUCUUCCAUACUUCGGAAAUCAGUGCUGUAAGCGAGCGACAUCAAGAAUCUCAAAUACAAUGGCCUUCUCUUGGUUCUACGCUAAAUCAAAGUGCACCUCAUUGUAGUGAAGGGCGAUUCAAUCCAGCACCACUUAACAAGGUAUCUAGUGAGUUAUCUUAUGGGAAAAACUGUGAGAAAGACUUGUCAGAUAAUACUUCUGCUGUCAGUCAAAAUCUUCAUAGCUGUCGUCCAAAUUAUUUAGACAAGCCCCAAUCUACAUUUUCAAAGCCAUCGACUAGUCCUCGACGGACUAAUGUUAAGUCUAAAAUCCAACCAGAUUCAACAUUAUCUGAACCUGUCCAGUCAAUUUCUUUAGAUGGAUAUAACCGAACUCAGCAAAAUGGCCGAGGCCCCAAAAAUACUGAGGUUUGUUCUGGAGCCUCUGUGCGCAGUACAGAGCAGAAACAGAUUGCAAUUAGUUCGUCUCGAACAGGGUCAACAAAUCAAAGCAGAAUUAAGGUUAGUAAAAAGAAAUAAUUCAGCUGUUUUCUUUGGUAAAUUAUCUUUUGCACUACUUGUUCUGUUCAUACUGUGGCAUUCGUUUUUAUUAAUUAAUGUAAUUAUUUGUAUAUCAUAGAUUGGAGGGAAUUAUUAUUAGUUGACACUUCAUUCAAAAUUUAAAUUUCUAUAGUUUCGGGAUUAGUUUAGAAGUUGUACAAAUAAGUCUUUCUUUGGCAUAAAUGAAUAUAGAUAAAUAUACUUGGGUUCUUUGGCUUAUAGCUUAUGUUUGGACCCUCAAUUUCCUGUCAAAAGGGAUAUAUUAUACAUCGUACUAUUUUCCGAUGACUAUAAUAAGGUAAUACUUGUGUAGUCCAUUUCUAUUUUUGUUGUUAGUUAAGCUUUGGAUAGUUAGGGUUACUUCCCAUGUUUUGAACUCCUGUACCUGUUUCUGCAUGCAGUCUGCAAAGUAUCUGUUAGCAUUGAGAGUCUUUUAUAGUUUAAUAAUAUUUUUAUCUGCCAUUGGUGAAAAUUUCUUGAUGAUAGUACUAAGUAUUUCAUCGGUUUUUAAUACUAUAGAAAACUAAAUGUUUUUAUUUUACUAUGGUUGGUGAUAAUUCACUACGUAGUCAGUUUAGACCUCGAGUCUCAUUUCCGUUUAUCCUAAUUCCAUUAUGACAGUUAUCUUUUGUUUUCGUAUUCCAAAUGGUCCCAUGUUUCCAUACGAAAAAUAUUCCUUAUGUAACUAAAUAAUACUUGUAUUUGGGGGAAUGUUAUUUCUUUUGGUAAGACCAACCAAUCAGCUAGCUAGUGAGGAUUUGGAAUGUAGCAGUUUUGGAUUCUAAAUAAAUACACUCUAUGUCUACUAUACACCUUUGAGCUGCUCAUAAUAACAGUGAAAAUCUCAAAAAUCGAAAUGCCACUCACUGAUUCAUUUCGUUAUAUUAACCACUGUUUUCGUCAACUUCUAAUUAUGAAAACAUAUCCUCGAUUUAUUUAAUUCUCUUCAAAAUUUGUAUUUGGGGAUAUGUGAAGACUAUAGAAUUUUUACAGUUUAAAUCAAGAACUAAUCUUAAAUAAACUACCAUAGAAAACAUGAAGGCACAGGACGACUGUUUCGUCGUAGAAUGGGACUCUUUAACAGUGCACAUGCACAAACGGGCAUCCGAAAAUCGGAAAUUUGUUUGAAUUUAUCAGCUCUAUAACUGCGUAGCAAAUAAUUGUGUUGUUAUUAUUUGGAAAUUUGUCACAGGCCUGUAGUGCUGUUUGAUGAUAAUUACUUGGUUUAAUUUUUAAACAUCAUUUCUUUUUGGUAGAUUUCAAUGUAUGCUGUAACUUGGAAGAUUGGUUUUGAUGUUUUCAUGCAGGUGUGAGUUCUGUGAAAAUAUUUAAAUCUCGAAUAUAUCAACUUUUUGACGUGAUGUACUUGUUGAUCUCAGAAAUAGUAUAAUCUUCCCUACCCAUCGUUAUUUAUUGUUUUUUUUUGUCGUUUUAGUUUUUGUUUUGGAUCUUUGACUAUUAUGGUCCAUCAAUAUGCUUACUAUUUUAACGUUAAUCAUUUUGUAAAUGUUUUUGGGAAGCUAAAUCGAUCAACGUUUAUAUGCAUACAUUGUCUAUAAUUAUUUUAAAACAAACUAUGUUAACUGGUACUUGAUAAAGUAUCAGUUGUCUUUUCUAUUUUGAAAUCCCAUCGACCACUGGUUUCGAAAUCUCACAUUGCUUUCUGAAAUAGUUGAGCAAUAGAUGUACAUCCUUGUUUCCUCUUUCGGACAUCAACAUAAUGACGUAGAUCUCUCAUUCUUUUGAAAAGCCCCUUUUUACGAUUAUUUUUUUUUCGAAUAAACAUACUGUUAUACUGUAUUUGCCUUUCAAGCAUUAUGAACUUAUCCACUCGCAAUAUAAAUGCGAAACAUAUUUGCAGACAAAACUUUAAACAAGCAUUCUGCUCUAAUUUUUUCCAUACUGUCUUUAAAUAUUCAUGCUUUUAGGGGUCUAAAUCAAAUAACGUCCGGUCACCUACAAAGGCAGUCGUUCAGAAUAAUUCCUUGUCAUCCCAGGUAUCAUCUAGCGUGAAUAUACGUCCUACGGAAGCAGCUUGCACCUCAGUUGCAUCAAAUUCGGAAACAGAUCCUGACCAGACAGUUGAGGAUGAACUCAAAAAGCUUACUCAGUGGUGUCAAUCGAGGCUUGGUUCAAUGCCGAUGCGUGAAAAGGUGGAUAUUCCUACUGUUGUUGAGUUACUGGCUACACUAGAUGCCCCAUAUGAAGUUGAACGAAUGGUCCAGACCUUUUUGGGAGAAACUGCUCGUACAGCUCAAUUUGUGAAAGAUUUUCUUGAUCGUCGUCGGCCAUUUUGGCAGUUGCAUAGGAAACGACGGGAACAAGAGAAUACAAUCCAAGAAUCAACAGGUCAAAAUUCUAAUCAACCCACAAGUACAGUUCGAUCAACUGAGAAAAAGAAGCGUGCUAACCCGAAUGAUACCGCCACUAAUAAUACACAGCGCCAGAAUUCAAACAUUUGCAAUGGACUGAGUUGGAAUAAAUCAGAUUCUACUCACUUAUCUAACAUUGAACAAAUUCAGGACAACCAGUGGCAUCACAUCAAACCUAAAGGAAGUCAUAAUCGUAAAAGCAAAAAGACAAAUCUGCGUGAAAAUGUGUACACCCUUUUCCACUUUUCUUUCAACACAACUGAGCAACUAGCAUCCCCAUGUUCUUUUGAUUCUAUCGCUUAUCUCAAUCGCCUAUUACUUUUUUUAUUGGGUGCUGUUAUAAGGAAUGUAAAUUGUCUACUUUUUUCCCCUUGGAACUUUUAUUCACUCUCUAAUGUUAUACUUUCUAGUGACAUUUGUCUUUUUAAAUUGCUUAUGAUAAUCGUGACAUAAUGGCGUUUUAUGUGCCGUCGUAAUAUUUGAGUUUUAGCUGGCUGUAAUUUCUCUUUGAUAUAUUUUCAAAGCUGGUGUUUGUGUGUGGUUUUCUUGAAUAUUAUUUUAUUUGACAGAUAAAUAUGUGUAUAUAUCACAAUAAUGGUUGCAAUGCAUACUUAUUUUCAAAAUUCUGUUUUACCUCCAAUCUAAGUAUUAUAUUAUAUAUAAAAUACGGCAUCAUAAUUUAUGAGCUAAGCUUAUUUGUGUUAACCUGUCUACUCGUACACUCUUUCAAGUUUAAAAUAUUGAAUCAACUAUCGUCAUUUUACAAGCAUCUGAAUUCUGAAAAUACUCUCAAAUGAAACUACCAUAAAAUAAAACAGUCUUUAAUUUGUGAGUGGUGAGAUGUGAUUGUGUAAGUAAACUUCAAACAACAAAAAAGUGACCAUCUACCAUACGUUUAAAUCCAUGGAUUUGUACCAUUCACGAAACUUAGAGAAUUCUUCACCUGGUAUUUUAUCUGAAGAUAAAUCAUAUUUAUUUCUUUACGUAUCUGACAACCGUUUACUUCAAAUGAGAACUGGAAAUAAUAAAGCUGCUCAUUUACACCUU